GACCAAAAAUUUAAUAGUUUGCACCCCUUAGCAGCCGGGGCGGCACUGAUUAGGUAGCUAUUGCUGUCCAAAAUUCAUGGAGACAUAUGUCUAAUCUGCAAUGCAUUAUUAUAAAUUUGAUUCUAGGAUCAAAGCAUAUCUAAACAAAAACAUUUAAUUCUGCCAGAACAUAAACAUUUUACUAUCCAUGGAUAUUUUAUCAAAUCCUUAUCUUUUUACAGCUUUGUCUGCAUCUUUAAUUAUUUUGUUGGUUCAAUUUCUAUUGAGAAAAUUGAUCAAAAGCAAUAAUAGCAUGAAGAAGAAGUCUCAUCCUAUUGCUGGAACUGUAUUUAAUCAGUUGAUGAAUUUCAACAGACUUCAUCAUUAUAUGACUGAUCUUGCAAGAAAGUACAAGACAUACAGGUUGCUUAACUUCUUCAGAAAUGAAGUUUAUACUGCAGAUCCAUGUAAUGUUGAGUAUAUACUCAAAACCAAUUUUGGCAAUUAUGGAAAGGGGUUGUACAAUUACCACAAUUUGAAUGAUUUACUAGGAGAUGGAAUUUUCACAGUUGAUGGCGAGAAAUGGCGUGAACAAAGGAAGAUAUCAAGUCAUGUAUUCUCCACCAAGAUGUUAAGGGACUUCAGUACUUUAAUAUUCAGAACAAAUGCAGCAAAAGUUGCAAAUAUAGUGUCUGAAGCUGCAAAUUCUAAUACUAAGAUAGAAAUCCAAGAUCUUUUCAUGAAAUCAACACUGGAUUCAAUUUUCAAAGUUGCAUUUGGAACUGAACUUGACAGCAUGUGUGGAACAAAUGAAGAAGGGAAGAAUUUCGCCAUUGCUUUCGAUUCUGCAAACGCUUUAACGCUUUAUCGUUAUGUUGACGUCUUCUGGAAGAUAAAGAAGUUUCUCAAUCUUGGAUCAGAGGCCACAUUAAGAAAGAAUGCUCAAAUUGUACAUGAAUUUCUCAUUAAGCUAAUAACCACUAAAAUUGAAGAAAUGAGGAAUUCAAAGGGUGAUUCUGUUAGAAAAAGUGGAGAUAUUCUCUCAAGGUUUCUGGAAGUGAAGGAUUUUGAUACAACAUACUUAAGAGAUAUAAUUCUAAACUUUCUUUUUGCCGGGAAAGACACGACGGCUGCAACACUUUCUUGGUUCAUGUAUAUGCUAUGCAAGUAUCCUGCAGUACAAGAAAAAGCUGCAGAAGAAGUGAGAAAAGCAACAAACACAAAAAGAAUUAGUAGCUGCACUGAGUUUGUGUCAAGUGUAACAGAUGAAGCUAUGGAAAAGAUGAAUUAUCUCCAUGCAACACUCACAGAAACUCUCCGACUUUAUCCUUCAGUUCCUGUGGAUGCAAAAAUUUGCUCUUCUGAUGAUACAUUGCCAGAUGGAUAUAGUGUAAAAAAAGGAGACAUGGUGUCUUACCAACCUUAUGCAAUGGGGAGGAUGAAAUUCAUAUGGGGUGAUGAUGCUGAGGAAUUUAAACCAGAAAGAUGGCUUGAUGAGAAUGGCAUUUUUCUACCAAAAAACCCUUUCAAGUUUACUGCUUUUCAGGCAGGUCCUCGGAUAUGCCUAGGAAAGGACUUUGCUUAUAGACAGAUGAAGAUAUUCUCAGCUGUUUUAUUAGGUUGUUUUCGAUUCAAAUUGAAUGAUGAAAAGAAAAAUGUGACUUAUAAGACAAUGAUAACUCUUCACAUUGAUGGAGGUCUUGAAAUCAAAGCCUUACAUAGGGAUUAGAAGAUGAUUCUUUACAAAAAUAUCAAACUCUAUAUGCUUAUUUUACAUAAAAUAUCAAAGCCUUAGCAUGAAGUUCUUCAAUAAAAUAUGCUUAUUUUACAUGUGAUGUGAUGAUGAUGGAUAAUUAUAUUCAUCGACAUAAGGUUUCGUUUGGUGGCAAGAAUAAGAGAUAUUGGUAUCAUAUGUUGCUUUACUAAGUGUGUGAUAAAACUGUUGAUAUUUUACCUGUAAGAGUUUCAUAUUAAAUGGAAAAAGUGAAAUUUGAAGGUUUUGGAUUAAAA